UAUGACAUAAAAUUGCAUUACUAUGGCCAACUGCCCUGUUGUUCUACUGGUCUCUUCCAGGAACGAACGUUUAUCCGUGAAGAUAAAAGAUAUUCAAAUAAAAACUCAUAUGCAAUGUUCUGCUACUCAGAAACCAUCCCAGCCCCAACCGACAAGGACAAUACCCACCAGAAAUCAGACAUAGACCUCCUGCGAUUCUCCCUCACCCUCAUUCAGUCUUGGAUGACUCCAGUGCAAUCAUUGAAUAAACUGUUUACCAACCAAGUGUUCGGGAACGCGGUCUAUGAAAAACUGAGAGACCUAGAAGAAGGAUUAUACGCUCUCAUGAGGGAACUAGAUGACGGAAACGCACGUAAUUACGGCCUGUUGACAUUCACAUAUGACAAAUUUGACCCCCAUCCAGACACCGAUGAUGAUGCACGGAUUAAAAACUAUGGUCUCCUGUCCUGCUUCAAGAAAGACAUGCACAAGGUGGAGACUUACUUGAAAGUGAUGAAGUGCAGGAGAUUUGUGGAGAGCAAUUGUAUGGUUUAAAUUGUCUAAAUAAUGAAUACUAAUAAUCGCCCAGUAACCUGCUGCCUUUUA